GAUCGCGUCACACCGAAGACACAACACUUCUUGAUCAACGUGAAUAUCGUCUCUUUCUUGACACCAAUUUUUGCACUGAAACAGGUUGAACGGGAUGUGGAGUUUCUUCGACUCACUUCUCUCGGAGUCAUUGGGGCAAUGUCGAAAACACGGGACCCUCAAGUGGUGAAGUACUUAAUGGACAACGACGUACUCAACAUAUGCAUUGUCACUAUACAACAUGCUGCGGAAAUCAGUCGAGUUAUUUCGUUAUUCACUUUGUCAAAACUGUUCAGCGACAACGCUGCGCUGGAGUGUGUGUGUGAGAACCAACAGAGAAUAGAGUCGAUGGCGAAAUUGUUGUUCAAGUCGAUAGAAAGCACCAUUAUGCAAAAGAGGGAUAUCAACGGGAGGAUGGUGAGAUACUCGAUCUUCUGCCUGAGCAGAAUGUCGGACAACCCAAAAGCGACUGUGAUACUCCACGACCUUGCAUGCGACAACAAGGCACUCUUCAAAGAGCAUCUCCCCGAAUUUAUAUACACAAAGGAGCAGUUUUCACGCGUCAAGUUCGAGGAGUUCUGUAGAAAUAUUAACUUCCCAACUAAAUGA